AUGGUAGAUGCUACAGAGUUUGGACUUCAGCCACCAAGGUCAUGUGAUUUGAUCAGUUUGACACAGCAAAGCAAUAUAAAGCCAGAAGCUACAGGUCACACAGCAAGAAGAUUUCUAGCUGCAGUGGACCUUACAGCCCAAGACACAAUCAACUGGAACAUCAUGUUGAAUAAAUUCCUACUGUGUUGGUGGAUGCUUCUUGGCCUUCAAGUCACUCUGACCUCUGCGUAUAGCAGUAGUCAUUUGGAAGAUGUCAAUCCCCCUUUAGCAGGGGUAGGGAGAUACGUCAGUGCCAACAGUGUGAGGAAAGCGAAAGAGACUUCCUUUUCUACUGCAGAUGCCUUCACACAAACAGACCUUGACACGGCAAGCACAGACUCAACAGAAGAGCUGCUGUUUGAAGAUGCCAGCUCAUUGGAGAACGAAGUGCUGUCCGAGGAUUUGGAGACCCGGAGACGAGUGGCCCGUUCUCCCAGACGAUGUGUUCGGCAUUGGGAGUCAUGUCUGGGGCACCAGCUUCCCUGCUGUGACCCCUGUGCUACUUGCUAUUGUCGAUUUUUUAAUGCUAUCUGCUACUGCAGAAGAAUUGGGAACACAUGUUCCCAAGGAAGGAAUUAAUACAAAUUACUUGACACGUCUUUUUAUUCUUGUUUUGUAAAAUAUGUUCAUGGAUAAGCUUUACAAAUGA